AAAUGAAAUGAUAAGUGGUUGAUAAAUCAUAUACUAAGUAUAUCUUUUUUAAUUUAAAAAGUCUCUAUCUUUUACUCGAAGUGGAUUCUUCUUAGUUCAAUCUAAUAGCCUAUACAAUUUGCAAGCAAUCCAUUACAAGUGGUUUUCAUUUUCGAUCGACGUACGAGUAUCAGUUCAUCUUUAUCAUUCGAUACAGUUGGGUAAUACAUACAAACAGUUUGUACGCAGCUUGAAGAUUUACCAUGUCGUUGAAAUCAUAGCCUCCAUUACCUUCGUGUAAGUACUUAUUCGAGAAAUCCGCGACGUGACGAGAAAAAUGCAUUUACCUUCUUCGUUGAAAACUAACACAUGGUGGAAGCAUAUUUCUAUCGAGCCAGCCUACGCCUUGUAUUGGAUCGCCGAUUACCAAUCGACCUUCUAUCAACAGAAUCUCAUUCUGCAGAAAGCCUGCCGAAUAAAUGCCACUCACGAGCCUGACUUGUACACCCCAUGCGACGACGAAAAAAAAGGUUUGGCUUUUGUAGCUUUCGUUAAUUCUUGGUUCCAUCUGAUCUCCGCUAUUAUUGUAACCUUACUAUGCGCCGUUUACAUUAAAUGGAGCGAUCGAGCUGGAAGACAGCGAAAGUUCAUUCUGAUUUUGCCAACGAUCGGCCUCAACCUAAUGAUAUUGUCGAGCUUCCUGCAUGCUUUUUUUUGGACCCUCGAUCCCAUCUACUCUGUUAUCACGUACGAAUUGAUGCAGUUCUUCACAGGAGGUCCCAUUUUGUACUAUUUUGCCGCCAUGUUGUACAUCAGCGAUGUCAGUUCGGCUGAGAACCGUACAGCGAGGCUGGGGGUGUUGGCCACAAUGCAGUAUAUUUGUCUUCCUGUGGGUAAUGUGUGCUCGGGGUUCAUUUUGAAACAACUAGGUUUCACCAAGUCGUUCCUGAUAUCGUUUAUAAUAAGCAUGGGGGCCUUGGUGUUGGGAAUAAGAUACAUCAAAGAUGUCAGCGAGCCUGUGGAGAAGAAAACGCCGUUUUGGAAAUCACUCAAUCCGAUCAAUAUUACUUCGGCUAUCGAAGUCGUGUUCAAGAAAAGGAGGAAUAACUUGAGACUAAUUUUGAAUAUAAUGCUCGUGGCUAAAAUCUUGGUGCUGUUUUCCAGAGCAGGUGAAAAGUCAGUUUUGUAUAUUUACAUGAGACAUUGUUUUCAUUGGGAUGAAAGACAGUACAGCUUUUUCGACGCUUUUAAAAAUACUGGCGUUAUUAUAGGCGUUCUCAUCAGCAUGUUGCUGUUCAGCAAAUACAUGAAAAUGCACGAUGUAAAAAUAGCUCUAUUUUCAUCUGUUUGGGAUACAGCUGCAGCAAUUUCUUAUUUAUUCGCAUCUCAAAGUUGGCAAUUUUAUGUCAUUGCCAUUUUAGACAUGUUCCAUGGAGCAGCGUUUCUCGCAGCAAAAUCAUACACGACGAAAAUCGUCGAAACCAGUGAAUUAGGAAAUUUAACAUCCGUAUCAGCAUUACUAAGUUUCAUUUCAUUUUUGAAUAAACCAACUUAUAAUUUAUUGUUUAAAUCAUACAUGGAUAUUUUCCCCAAUUGUUUUUUCCUCGUCAGCAUCGCAAUUUGCAUACUGAGCUGUAUUUCAUUCGCAACUUGCCUUGUCCUGCUAAAAGAAAACGAGAAACUUGAUGAAGCAGUAUUUUCAAAAAAACAACUUGAUGGAGAAAAAACUGUCAAGUCGAUAAAGUGAAGUGUUUAAUUCUUUUAAUCAACAUUACGUUUCUGUUUUUUUUUAUACCUAUGUAUACCUAAUAUCUAAGUUAUUCAAUUAAAAAUGUUUGUUUGCAGUUGUUUUCAUAAUUUACGCAAUUAGCACAUUAGUUUUAUCAAUUAUGAAAUUAUUUCUCUGUAUAAAAAUACAUCAACGCUAAUGGUC